AUGAGCAUUCUGACGUUUUCCAAGGGUGAUCGAGGUCCAAUGGGCUGUCGACCUUCAACCCCCGAGGUGGUCACCGUGACACCGCCUGAUCCUCCUCCUAGUGAUGUGCCAAGCGAUCCUCCACCAAUGAAACCUCGCUCCUAUCGGCCGUCAAUUGCCAGUCUUCAGAUACCGAAUCAAGACGAUAUGAGCUCUGAAGGCAUGAGGAUGUUUGUGGCAUGUGCUUACGAACUUGAAAUUCCUCUGGGUCGGAAACCAGAGCGUGGAAGCGUCACGAAACAGAUAAAAUUAACAGAUUUUGAAUGCUUAACUGAUCGAUCGACGGACAGAGAAACAGAACAAGAAAAUCAGGAUUACCUAUGCGGUACAGACGUCUCGUUGCAAUGGCUUCUGCAGAUGCUGGCUGAUAAAUUUACGAAACAAUUCGACGAAGAGCCUCAGUGGAUCACGGAGCGGUUGAAUCGACCUCGAUGGGACGAUUAUGCUACAUCCACUGUGCUCCGCGUGACAUUCGGCUGGGAGGACGAGGAUCUGCCUAAAAGCGUUGUGUUGAAAACACCCGCUCACAAUAAUCAGAAAGACGACGAGGAGGCGAAAUACCACUACCUCAUGUUCAAAAGAGAAUGUAACGUUUACGACUGGACUCAGAAAUACGCUAAACUACCUUCGCCUCGUAUUUUCCACAUAAAACGGCAUACGAAGGAGUUCAGCGGAGUGGUUGUGAUGGAAGACAUCGGCGAACGUGGUGUACAACAGGACGCCAUUAAAGGCCUCUCGGUGGAAGCCGUACGAGACCUUCUCCAACAGCUGGCCGUGCUACACACUAUUUCAAUGAAGCACACUGGAUGGAACACAACGGUUGCUGAUCUUCCCCCUUCAUACUAUACGUCACUAGUCUACAACUACAACGACAUGGUUGACUUUUUCGAGCAUCACGACGUCGAUCAUUCGCGUUUUGUUGUGAGUUCUAUGUUCGACUGA